AUGCAUAAGUGCAGGUCUGGGACAGGUGAUAUUUGCAUUAAAAUAACCAAGAUGCCAACAGUAUAUACUUUUUCACGAAGCGAUGCUGAGAUCCAGCAGGAGUUGUUGAGAGUCUUUAGCUCUGGUCGUGGAACGGCUAGAGAACAGUGGAGUACACAGGCAGAACUCUUGGUAGAACCUGUUGGAUGGGAUGCACUGUGGAAGCUUUCCAAAGAGUUCUGUAAAAAGUUUGAAGUGAGAUUCCCUUGUAUAGCAUACAUUGCAGUAACUACAGUGGACUUUGAGAACUUAUCUGCUUGUGUUGAUGUGCUGAGCGUACAACACGAGUCGGUAUCUCUACCGGAGAAUGUAGUUGAUGUCCCACUGAUAGAACUUUGGCCAACUAUGAAGCAGAGAGAGCAGUGUAUCAAUGUUGCUACCACUGCCGAGUUUAUUGAUUUGUUAAGAUUCUAUUACAAUGACAUCUGGAUGCCUUGGGACGAUGCAGAUGAUAAAAUCCUUCUACCAAACACAAUAGAGGAACGCAUGCAGCUCUGGGCAGAUAUGCACAAUGGUACCAUUCCCAACUGUGUAGCUCGCUCCAUUACAUUGUUGAGGAAUAGUGCAAUCGACGCACAUGAGAAACUGCGGCAGCUCGACUCAUCGUUGUGUGAAGGAGAUUUGGCUAAUGAUGAUGAUUCUCUACUACCUCCAAACUACAUAUCAUUGUGCGCCGAAAUGAAUGCUCGUCUUGAUGGGCUCAUGUCGAAGUGGACACUGUAUGAAAACUCACUCAUCAGGGAGCAAUAUUUAGCUAAGGUUAGGAGUAAAUACCAGAAGAACAGGAGUAAGAAAAAUGUUGUCGCACUCUGGCAAGGUGGUUCAAUAUUCGAAUUCGAAGAGAUCUCCAAGUUCCUUCGCUCCCACCUCACAAAUGAGUAUAUGCUGACAAUGUUAACGUCAGCAGAAGAGGCGCUAGCCUUGGAGCCUGAAGAACUAGUGGUGUGCAGUAAGGAAUACGAGUUACCAGAGAUGCCACUUUCGCAUAUUAGUAUAUGUAGUUUUAAUGGCGUAACUCUUAAAGCACCCGACAUGCGGUCGUGUCUACUUAUGCUGAGUGAAGAGUGCAGGCUGCGCGACCUGACGCUACUGUGUACAGCUGUAAACACCGCUAUUGUGAUGAAAGCAGGCACUUUACACAUAUCUCGGUGUACUAUACUUGAUGAUUCAACUAGUUCGCAGUGUGACUUUGCCCAAGGAAUAGUUGCAAUGGCAGGAGCGAAGAUUCUCAUUGAAGACUGCACAUUCAACAAUUUCUAUUCUGGCAUUGUUGUACACAAAGGCGCUCAGGUGGAGUUUAGGAACUGUAAUAUAAAGAAUUGCGGCGUUGGCAUACAAAUGUAUUCCGGUUCACACGUGGAGUUAAACAGCACGGUUAUAUCGGAAUGUAGUGAACAGAGUAUUAGAUGUGAAGUGGACACAGGGGAUAAUAGUAAACAUGCAGAAGUGGAGGGUCUACAGGUGAUGGCGAAUUGCAAAAUCGGUUCAGGAAACCUUCAAAAGGAAGUUUUAAUUGUUCAACAGGAUGCAAGUAUAAUGUAA